AUGCAUUUAAGAGAAGGAUCACCCGAUACCCAAAAGCGAGAGCGAAAGCUGGGAUUCUACGAAAAAUUCCGUGUGGCCCUCCACGACCUUGGUUAUUACAACAAUGUCUCAAUCAUUGCUCGGUAUUCCGAUACAAAAAAGAUCUUGAAUUCAUGGCCUCAGUCGAUUCUCCGCGGGUUUAGCUAUGCUAUUCAAAACCACCCUGAAUUGUCGACAACGGUCAUUCGGGAUGAAGAUGAGACUCUUUACUUCCAACGCCUCUCGACAGUCAACCUCGAGCAGCUUGUUACUUUUAAGUCUCUAGAAGAUAUUGAAGGAGAAGGAGUGGACGCGAAGUUAAUAACGUUAAGUACCAGCGAGAACAACAAAGGAUUCCAGAAUACUUCAACGACACCGUCAUGGAGGGCUAUUGCGCUGCGGGAGUCGAGUGACUCCUUUAGGAUCGCUUUCAUUUGGCACCAUGUGAUAGGGGAUGGCAGAAGCGGUUUAGCUAUUCAUAAAACUCUUCUCGAGGCAUUCCGGCUGUUCGAGGAUGAUAUGGACUGCAAGAGUAACCGGCCGGCUACCACACUCGACUUUACACGCGUGCCAGCGUCAAUAAAACAGCUGUUCGCAUCGAUGGAAGAAAUGCUCCCGAAUUCAUCCGCUCCUGUACCAACAAGUCCUCUUCAAGGUAAAAAAUGGGCGGGGGAAAAUUACAGCGACCAUAGUCCGAUCCUUACAGAGCUAGGACACAUCAGGAUAUCGGCAAAUUCCGUGGAAAAGGUUCUCACCAAAUGUCGAAAGUAUGGGACAACAAUGACAGCACUUCUCCAAGCUAUUGUGGCAAAAGCUUUGCUAGAUCAAGUUCCCUAUGACCGCAUCCGCACGGCCGUAGCGGUUUCUCUCCGCAGGUUUUUUGAUCCAACUCUUGGAAUUGAUGAUUCUGUCAUGGGAUUAUGGAUAAGCACAUACACUACCGAAUACCAUAAAACACAGUUUCAUCAGAACGCCGAGGGACUUGACAAUUUAUGGCAAAUUUCUCGGGAAAAUACAGCACAGAUAAAAAGGGUGGUAGAGAACGGUGGGAAGGACGUCGAAAUUAUGGGUCUCGUGGGCGUAAACGAUUAUAGCGCUGCGGUCAAAUCAAGGGUCGGACAACCACGCGAUAAUAGUUUUGGACUUACGAAUCUCGGGGUUUUUAAGGCGGCGUCCACAAACGAAAAAUAUGGAGGUAUUAUACUUGACGACAUGUUUUUUUCACAAUCAUGUCAUGCGAAUGGUGCGGCAUUCCAGAUUUGUAUCGUAACGGUACAGGACGGCGAUAUGAACAUCGUUUUUAAUUGGCAGAAGGGGAUGGUUAGGCAUGAGGAAAUAGGUGGUGUUCUGAGCGGGGUAAAGGAUUUGAUGGGGCAAAUCACCUCUAGUGAAUGA